GAGGGGUUACGUAAUGACGGUGAAAUUAAGUGGCUUUAAAAAAUACAAGCCUGACGAUCGUGGUCUUUAAGGCAGUUUGUACCAAAGCUCAUCACCCAGAGAAAACACCCAGCAGAGUUUGUCAUCGUGUCAAAUUAAACAGUUUUACACGCGUUUCUUGUCGUGACUUCAGUACAGUAACGGGUACCAUCUUCAGAGAGGACAAACAAAAACAUGGCUGGAUGUAAAGUCGAUCCCAAGCGCGUCAUGAUGGUAGCAGGCGUGACUCAAAUUGUCCUCGGGGUGCUUGGGCCAAUAUUCUGGGGACUGUCCUGGCUUUACGAGGACGUCGAUUUCUCCGCUAGUCCCCUGUGGGGUGGCCUUGUGUUCUUCAUACCUGCUGGGUCGAUGACCGUGUUUGCGGCCAUAAAGGAAUGUAAGAGCAAGGCAAAGAUAGCCGCAUUGAUGUGCAUCACUGCCUGCAUGACAGCAAUAGGCGUCAUUGUAUCAACCAGUCUUGCCUCAGCUAAAGAUAACCAGAGACCAUCACCCGAAACUGGUGACCUAGUGAUCAAUGGCUUCCUGAUAGCAAUUGGCUGCACGGAGUUGUCCGCUUCUAUCAUUUCUGGCUCUCAAGCCGUGGUUUUUGUGCGACAGAGUUAGAUUAGCCUCAACAUGGGUGAUGGCCUACAUGACUUAACGUAAAGAGUGGGAUGUCAAUCAACCACAACAACCAAAAUGGACCCAUCUCGGACAAACUGCAUACCGUAAUUCACCUUUUUACUUUGUAAAAACUAAUUUUAACAAAUGUUAAUUCGUUUUUAUCAACAAUUUGAAUAUAUGGAAUCACAACAUUUUAGCAAAUUUGUAAAUGUUUUAGAAUGUAUUUGUAUCAUUUUUUAAAUUCUGUAUUCUGUUUUCUGUAAUAUUUAUUUCAAUAUUUACUAACAUGUAGAAAGUACAUAAGGUUACAAUAAUAUGAUAUUUGAUAUGUACACAGUGAUAAUAAAGUAG